UAAGUCCACGUACACAUUCUUUGAUCAUCUUGAUCCAUAUCUUUACGAGUAUCAGUGGAAUCUUUGGGCGAAGCAGAAAUUUUGACCUCAGCCACCCAUGUAGAGACGGAAUGUGUUCUAUUGUUUGUACAUCUUGCAUUUAGCAUCUUGUUUAGUUUUUUUUGCUAUUCUGCUACAAUAGUUGUUUCCUGUCUUGCUAAAAAUCUUGACAUAGAUGCUACUGGGUUGUGUAAGAUAUACAGAUUUAUGGAUUUUCUUAGUCAUGGGAACUUCUUUUAUAGCAUUACGGUGUCUACUAGAAGAUGGAGAAAUUUUAUAUAUCUGAGUAAAAAUGUCCAUGUUACAAAAAGGCUAAGAAGGAUCUGGAAGUGGCUUGUGACUUUGAGCUGGAAAAAUCAAAAGGAAUGAAACGAUGGUCCAAAGUUUAAAGGGAGUUGUAUGGUAGACACACAUUUUCUUAGCUCUUACUUCAUUGUAGUUGUGAGAGAAGAGAGCUUCUUGAUUGUCUGAAGUACUUUCUUUAGUGAUUUUGGUUUUUGACUCCUUCACUUUAAGACUAAUGAUCUUUAAGAGGAAAACAAAAGGUGGUCCAGAGUUGGGGAGAAGUGUGUUUGAUAUAACUCUUGGUUCUUAGUUUUCUGAAGCGACCUUUUACUUCAAUGGCAUAUCCUUUAGUCUGUAACUUCACCUUUACUUGACCAAUAGUCUAAAGGUAUUGGUUGCAGAAACAUUCUGGUGGGUUUUCCAGGAAUUGGAAAAUCAUUCUUUGUUCUCAUAAUGGGACUGGGAUUCCUUAUCAAGAGAAUGAGAUAUUGUUAAAUUACAAUCCUUUUUCAAGAUGUAGUGCUUCAGCUUUUAUGUUGUUGGGAAGAGAUUACUGGCCCUACACUCUUGGAGAAUAUAUGCUCAUCUCAAAAGGAAUCCAAAUCCUGGGUUUUGAGACCCACAUUCUCACUUUUGUGCAUUUGGGUGACAAAACGGUGCAUUGCAUUUUCCUUUUAAUAAUGCCAUAUUGUUUGUUCCCAAGUCCUAACAUAUAUUCUCUCCCUUUCUUUUCUUUAUAUAUAAGUAAAAUAAAAAAGGGGAAUGCCAUGUUUCCUGAGGUUUGCUUUGUGGUAUAAAGCAUAUACAUUGACCCCAAGAUGACUAUUACACAUGUUCUGGCCUAACAUGGAGGCCGUGAUCGCUUUAUAUCAUGUGAUUUGCUACAUAACUAUGGCGAGUAGGGUUGCCCUUUUAACCUUGCCCUUAUUACAAGCUUCCGCGCAAGACUUGGGAAAUAUUAGCUUGUUGAUGCAGACUGAUUUAGAAGAAUAAUUCUUCAGAUCCCUUGUAAAAAUGGACUUGUGAGUUUGGUACACCUAUCUUGACAGCUCCUCCUUUUAGAUUUGUUCAAGGUAUCUUUAACCAAUUUAAUGUAAACGGGUCUAGCACCAUGCAAUUUGCUCACUUGCAACUGCAAGUGUAUUGUACAAUAUUAAAAGCAUCCAUAACUUUAAUGAAUUCCCAACCAACAUCACCAAGUUAGUCAACAAAACAUUAUCUCCAGAAAAAGAUAGACUUAAAGAAGGAAAAAAAAAAAAAUGAGCAAGUAAAGAAAGAAAAAGAAACACACAUCUUGAAACCUUUGUUUUGCUUUCCAUCUAAGCUUCUUUGGCCUCUCAACCCAUUUUGUCUUUUUGAAAGAAUUUAUAUUGCGGCAAUUGUUCUGCUUCUACUUGCUGUUCAUGCUUUUACAACCCCAGAGAAUCUACAAUACUCAGAGUCUUAGAGUGUAUUCAGGUAAACUAUUGUUUGUUUUCUAAUAUCAAACUCAUUACCUUAUUUCUGGGGGCCUCUGAGUUUGCUUAUUAGAUUCCUCUAGUGUCCGCAGUUGCAUUUUGCUAUUUGGAAAGUGGAUUAGAGGGAAGAAAUAAAGGAUGAUAUUACGAAUGUGAGCAAGGUAAGAAAAGCUGUGUAUAUGAUUUCAGAUUAGUGAUGGGGUCUAUAGGCAGUAGUAGUAGUUCAAAAACUUGGAUACCAUAUAUGAACAGCAGAGACUGUUCUCAAGGCUUUUGUAGUUUGUACUGUCCACAAUGGUGCUACAUCGUAAUACCACCCCCUCCUUCCUUUGAGUUUCCUCAGGACAAUUCAUCUUCAUCUCCAAAUUUCUCUCCUCUUGUUAUUGCAAUCAUUGGCAUUUUGGUGAGUGCCUUUCUUCUUGUGAGCUACUACUCCAUAAUGUCCAAGUACUGCAGUAACGAGGACCGAAGAAGAUCAACAAGCAGAGAAGACUAUGGCCAGAAUGAGGAGCUGGAUGGUACCCAAAAUCCUUCUAUCCAUGAACCGUGGUAUGUUGUGACUGUCGGUUUGGAUGAAGGUGUGAUAAAGUCAUUGGGAGUUUAUAAGUACAAGAAUGGAGAUCACUUUGUUGAAGGGACGGAUUGCGCUGUCUGUCUGAGUGAGUUUGAAGAAGAUGAGAGCCUGAGGCUGUUGCCCAAGUGCAACCAUGCUUUUCAUCUUCCAUGUAUUGAUACAUGGCUCAAGUCUCACUCGAAUUGCCCUCUAUGUCGUGCUAGCGUGGUUUCGACGAAUGCUCCAACACAUCAAUUGCCUCCUGUUGUGACUGAAACUCCUCCAAGUAGUAGCAAUGAAGAUGAAAAUGUAAUCAUGGGGGCACAAGUUUCAGAGACAGGUCAUCCUCGAAAUGUGGAGAUAUUGCAUGGAGAUGUCAUUCCAAAGACACCAGUACGCGCUUUUAGUGAUUUGGGUAAUUCAGAAGAGAGGGAUACCAUAAUAGAGAUUGAAAGUGAUGAUACAUUUGAUCAAACAGUCAGAAGGUCAGUCUCCAUGGACUAUUUAUGUCAGAAUAAUCUCAUUUUAGUUGCCGAUAUUCUCCGCAUGAAUGAUGAAGAAGAUGAAGAACAUGUGCAAGGGUGCUCACAGUUAGAGUCAGAUGAGAUUGCUGGUCCUUCAAAACAAUCAGUAGCUGGAGGAGUUGGAACUCAUGGCCGCAGAAAAGAGACUCUGAGGCAUGUUGCAAUGAAGAGAUCAUUUUCAGGUGGGAGAUUGUUUCUAACUAGGCCUGCAAGAGCCAGGCAUAUAGUAAUUCCACUCUAGAAGAAAAUUGAAGUGGAAUCAUGAAGAAGAAAAAGAGAUCAAAGAAUUUGGUCUGAGAUAGCUAUUACAUUGAUUUGAGUGAUUACGAUCCUUCUUGUAAGUUGUAUUUCUUUUUUCUUUUGAAAUUGAAAAGUUCUUGCACA